GUGUGUGAGCGACUGAGUUGUGAUUGUUUUGUGCCAUGUUUUUUUAAAUUUAAUUAGCAAUAAUUAUUAAUUUAUUUGAAAUAAAAAAUACAUUAUGACGUUCAAAUAUUCGCCAGCUAUUUUAUUAUUCGUAAUAUUUUCUGUUACAUCGAAGGAAACCGGCGAUAUUCUUGUAUAUACGGUAGCCACCGAGGAAACGAAUGGCUUCGAUAGGUACUUAGAUUCCGCCAGCGAGUUCAACAUCCAGCCUAAAAUCCUAGGCUUCGGGCACGAAUGGCGCGGCGGAGAAGUGAAAACCCAUCCGGGCGGUGGCUGGAAAUUGAAGCUGCUCAAAACCGCCCUGGAGCCCUUCGAAGGGGACGAUAACAAACUAGUAUUAUUCACCGACGCCUACGACGUAAUAUUCCUGGGCAAAUUGGACGAAAUCGUCCGGAGGUUCCACAAAACCGGCGCUCGAAUACUCUUCGGGGCCGAACCUUACUGCUGGCCCGACGCCGGUUUGGAAACCAAAUACCCCGAGGUGAAAGAAGGCAAGCGGUUCCUCAACUCCGGAAUGUUCAUCGGGUACGUUCCGGAAGUACUGAAAUUGCUAUCCAGAAAGGAAAUCGACGAUCAAGACGACGAUCAAUUGUUCUGCACCGAAGCCUAUCUAGACGAGAAAUUCAGAGAAGAUGCUCAAAUCAAACUCGACCACACCAACGAGUUAUUCCAAAACCUCAACGGAGUGGCUGGAGAAAUCGAAAUUAUCUCGAAGCCUACCAAAGAAGGGGACAUCGAUAAAUAUUACGUUAAAAACGUGCUCUAUCAAACCGAGCCGAUCGUAAUUCACGGUAACGGGGCGUCGAAGCACACCUUAAACUACCUGGGUAAUUACGUUCCGAACGCUUGGAACUCCGUGGAAGGCUGUCGACAGUGCAAGAAGGGCCUCAUAAACCUCGAAGGGCUGCCCAGUAAAGACGUACCCGUGGUUUUGAUUGCUCUCUUCAUCGAACACAAUACUCCCUUCUUGGAGGAGUUCCUGAAUAAAAUUCACAACCUCCAAUACCCCAAAGAGCGCAUUCACUUAUUCAUCCAUAAUGCGAUGAAAUUCCACACGGAUCAUGUAAAUAACUUCACUGAAAAACACGCCAAAGAAUACGUUACUUUGAAGCAAAUUACCCCAGAUGAUGCUAUCCCGGAAUGGACAGCUCGAGAUCUAUCCCUAGACCAUUGUCUAACCAAAAAAUGCGACAUCUACUUCUCAGUAGACUCCAUAGCCCACAUAGACAAUCCUUAUACGUUAAAGCUCCUUAUCGAGCAGAACCGUACCGUUAUAGCGCCUUUAUUGACGAGGCCGGGAAAGGCGUGGAGCAACUUUUGGGGGGCCCUCUCCAAGGACGGUUUCUACGCGAGAUCGAACGACUACAUGGACAUCGUUCACAGCGAAAAACGGGGUUUGUGGAACGUGCCGUUUAUUUCAAACGCUUACAUCAUAAAUUCUACAUUGUUGAAAUCCCGAGAUCGUACUGUAAUAAACUACACGAAGCCGAAGGUGGAUGCGGACAUGACAUUCUGCAGCAAUUUGAGAAAAAUCGACGUGUUUAUGUACGUUUCGAACAGAGUCGACUUCGGUCAUCUAAUAAACCCCGAUAAUUUCGACACCACGAGAACCGAGCCUGAUAUGUACCAAAUAUUCGACAACGCUCAAGACUGGGAAGAUCGAUACAUCCACGUCGAUUAUCCGGAAAACUUUAACCCCGAAAAGAAAGACCUUCAACCUUGCCCGGACGUCUACUGGUUCCCCAUAGUGUCCGAGCGAUUCUGCAACUCGCUGAUCAACAUGAUGGAAAACUUCGGGAAGUGGUCAUCGGGAACGAACAACGACGAACGCUUGGUCGGCGGCUACGAGGCCGUGCCUACGCGGGACAUCCACAUGAACCAGGUCGGCUGGGAGCCGCAUUGGCUGCACUUCCUGCAGAAGUACGUCAGGCCGCUGCAGGAGAAAGUCUUCAUCGGCUACUACCACGAUCCGCCCAAGUCUCUGAUGAACUUCGUGGUCAGGGAAAAUUACAGGUACAGACCGGACGAGCAGCCGUCCCUGAGGCCUCAUCACGAUAGCUCUACGUACACGAUCAACAUCGCGCUGAACCGAAGGAAUGUAGAUUAUGAAGGCGGGGGUUGUAAGUUUAUUCGGUACAAUUGCAGCGUGGUUGACACGAAACAGGGGUGGUUGUUGAUUCAUCCUGGUAGACUGACGCACUUCCACGAAGGUUUGCAAGUCACUAAUGGCACCAGGUAUAUCAUGAUAUCGUUUGUGGAUCCGUAAGAUAAUAAAAUUUCGUGUCUUUGGAAUAAGUAAUUUUUUGCUUGCUUUUUUUUGAAAAUUUUUUUACCAUGGGACACGAUUUUUUUAAGUAAAAGUGAAGACUUAUUAACAUAGAAAUACUUUAUUUUCUACCUAAUAGAUCUGUUUUUAUUUUUCUCUUAAAUUUUAUAUUUUUUUAUACACUUAAUACGUGCUUAUUAACUAAACGGAACUGUUCAU